AUGCAGCUCCGGCCGGGAGCCACGGUCUUUCGCGAUGCCGUGGUUCGAAGGAUCACAGCGCCGAGCUGUACGCUGAGUCGAUAUCCCGCAGUCAGUCUCGAUAACUCGAGAAUACACAGAACGAGCAUACACACAAGUCAUAGGCGCGAUUCCGCCUGGGCCGCGGCCGUCCAGGUGGCAUCCAACGUUGUUGGGAAUGUGGUCAAGAAGGCGGCCAAAGACGGCAUGACCAUUGACCCUUUGCGAACCGUCGCCAAAGAGAUGCAAUUUCUUACAGGAAACAUUCGCAAGCUACUAGGGUCAGGUCAUCCGUCGCUCGAUCGAGUGGCCAAAUACUACACUCAAGCAGAGGGCAAACAUGUUCGUCCGCUCAUCGUUCUACUCAUGAGUCGGGCUACGCAUCUUUGUCCCAAGAACCCCCAACCUGAAACGGUACACAGCGCACGAGCCAUUGAUUCUUCGAUUUCUCCUGUUCAGAUCCUUGCGGACGUAAACCCAUCAGCUAUGCCGCUGACUUCGAACGAACCCGAAAUGAGGGAUGGAACUCUAGACAUUCUUCCGAGCCAAAGACGGCUGGCUGAAAUCACAGAGCUGAUCCAUACCGCAUCUCUCCUUCACGAUGAUGUAAUCGACCAUUCAGUUUCAAGGCGUGGCUCUCCAUCUGCCAAUUUGGAAUUUGGCAAUAAAAUGGCCGUCUUGGCUGGCGACUUUCUUCUCGGACGAGCUUCCGUGGCCCUCGCGAGAUUAAGGCACGUCGAAGUGGUGGAACUGCUGGCUACAGUUAUUGCCAAUCUGGUUGAGGGAGAGUUUAUGCAAUUGAAGAAUACCGAACGCGACGAACGAAGUCCCAAGUACUCUGAGGAAACUCUGAGUUACUACCUGCAAAAGACAUACCUCAAGACAGCCAGCUUGAUUUCCAAGUCAUGCCGUGCAGCUGCCUUACUUGGCAACGCAGAUGCCACUACUGUCGACGCCGCCUAUUCAUACGGUCGAAACUUGGGCCUUGCGUUCCAGCUCGUCGAUGAUAUGCUCGACUAUACUCGAAGUGGGAAGGAUCUAGGCAAGCCUGCAGGUGCAGAUCUGGAACUGGGCUUGGCAACGGCACCGCUACUUUUCGCAUGGAAGGAGAACCCCGAACUGGGUGCUUUGGUUGGUCGCAAAUUUGAGAGGGAGGGCGACGUGGAGAAGGCGCGCGACCUAGUAUUGAAGAGCAACGGCAUCGAGCAAACCCGAGCGCUUGCACAAGACUACUCGGAGAAGGCCAUUGCAGCUAUUGCGGACUUCCCCGAGAGUGAAGCCAAAGAUGGGCUUAUUGAGAUGGCGCAGAAGACGAUUAAGCGACAAAAGUAA